CCCCAACUGCGAAAUCCCAGCUGGAGGUUGUCGCACCAAAAGCACCACGUCGCAAUCCUUUAGAACAGACAGGACAAGUCUACAACCAUGGGUUCCAAAGGCGAUAAAUACUCGGUCAUUCUCCCUACAUACAAUGAGCGGCAGAACCUGCCCGUCCUAGUGCAGAUGCUCUCCGAUGUCUUCACAAAGGAGAAACUGAAUUGGGAGAUCAUCAUCGUCGACGACGCCUCACCGGACGGCACCCUCGAGCGCGCAAAACAGAUCCAAAAGUCCUUCGGCGCCGACCACAUCAUCCUAAAACCGCGGGCGGGCAAGCUGGGCCUGGGGACUGCAUACGUGCACGGGCUCCAGUUUGUGUCCGGGAACUACGUGAUCAUCAUGGACGCCGACUUCUCGCACCACCCCAAGUUCAUCCCAGAGUUUGUGAGGAUCCAAAAGGCCACGAACGCCGACAUUGUCACGGGCACGCGGUACCGGUCCAAGAACGGGCUCAUCGGCGGCGUGUACGGGUGGGACGCGAAGAGGAAGUUGACCAGCCAGGGCGCCAACAUCCUCGCCGACUUCCUCCUGAACCCGGGCGUGAGUGACCUGACCGGGUCGUUCAGGCUGUACAAGAAGGAGGCGCUGGUCAAGGUGAUUGAGAAGACGCAGUCCAAGGGAUACACGUUCCAGAUGGAGAUGAUGGUGCGGGCAAAGGCCAUGGGGCUCAAGGUCGAAGAGUGCCCCAUCACAUUUGUGGAUCGGCUAUACGGCGAGAGUAAACUGGGAGGGGAGGAGAUUGUCGAGUAUCUCAAGGGGUUGCUGUGGUUAUGGUGGUCGGUCUAGUCUCUUCUUGCUGCUGGGUGUUUGUACAAGGAAGCAUUCUACGGUGUUCAAAAGACAGGGGCAUCGGUAUGGGCGUGGCCGCAGAGUAAUGGUCCAUGAUUCGAUAUUGUAUUCUGUGCCAGCAAAGAGCGUCCGAACAUCUUCUGGCCCCCAACUGCCGACUUGCGCGCGGCAACAAUAUUGCUCCGCUGAACAGUCAUGGGUCUUGCACAGCGAUGAUCUUGUCUCCUAGCCUUCUUUGCCGGAGGACGGUCUGCUUCAUGGAUCCUCACCAUCCUGGUUCGAGAAUACUUUCGGGGUCCGAAUGCCCAAGCUGAGCUCGCAGCCAACUUUUACCCGACCCUAGGAACAGGUCGAUCAACCUGAUGUGCCCGUGUUCUACGAAAUGACGAGGGAAUCACGUCCUCCAAGGGGACAAUUGCCGCUGACUUGGAGGGACGAUACAAACGCAGUAGCCCAGUCAUCGUCAGCCAUUCUUAAGUCCGCAGAAAAUGCCAGCUGAAUGCCGCCA